GCUGUCGCAAAGCCGGCCCCGGCCGCCAAACGAGGCUUGGCGCGCGACAGCCCGGGCGGAGGGGAGGACGGGGAGUGCUUUACGGCCGCGCCGCUGUGCUUGCGGAGGCUUCCUUCUUCCACGUGCGGGGUAGGAGUUUCCUUCGUGGGCGCCAUGAAGCGACCGAAAUUGAAGAAAGCUAGUAAGCGCAUGACCUGCCACAAACGCUUUAAAAUCCAGAAAAAGGUACGAGAACACAACAGAAAAGUACGGAAACAAGCAAAGAAAAAGGGACACAAAAAACCCAAGAAAGAUAUUGGAAUUCCUAAUGCAGCACCUUUUAAGGAGACCAUUCUUCGGGAAGCAGAACAAAGGAAGCAAAGGCGUGAAGAAUUGAAACAACAGCAAAAACUUGAUCGACAGAAGGUACAAGAAAAGAAACGCAAACAAGAAGCUAAUAAGAAGGAUGCCCGUAAAGAAAAACAAUGUGAAAAGGAAUCAGCCACUAAGCCUAGAGCAAACUCAGAACAGCAGAUAGAUAAACAUUCAAAGAAAUUCAUUUGCAAGGAACUUAAAAAGGUGAUUGAGGCUUCUGAUGUAGUGCUGGAAGUUUUAGAUGCAAGAGAUCCUCUAGGCUGUCGGUGUCCACAGGUGGAGCAAUUUGUUGGCCAGUCAGAUGGAGGCAAACCAUUACUGCUGGUUUUAAACAAAAUUGAUCUUGUACCAAAGGAGAACGUAGAGAAAUGGUUGCAUUAUUUAAAUCAGGAACUUCCAACUGUUGCGUUUAAAUCUGCAAUGCAGAUAAAAGACAGAACUGUGCAAGUGAAGAAGGUCAGUAAAAGAGGUGCUGCAUAUAUUGAUCUGUCAAGGGCCAGCUUGUGCUUUGGGGGUGAUUGUCUGCUAAAACUUCUUCAAGACUAUAGCGUGGUAAAAGGUAGCGUUAUACAGGUUGGUGUAGUAGGUUUCCCCAAUGUGGGGAAAAGCAGUGUUGUCAAUAGUAUGAAACAGAUGCGUGCCUGCAACGUGGGACCUGUGAGAGGCCUUACAAAGUGCAUGCAGAUAGUUCUUGUAAACGAGCAGAUUAAGAUGUUAGACAGUCCUAGUAUUAUUGUGGCACCUUCCAGCUCUCCUCUUGCUGUGGCACUGAGAAGUACAACAGAUGCUGAUUCUGGAAACUUAAUUGAUUCAGUAAAUGCAGUUCUGAAACUCUGCAGCAAACAGCAGAUCAUGAUGUAUUACAAUAUUCCAGAUUAUCGAAAUCCUUUGGAAUUUUUAACACUACUCGCUCAGAAGAGAGGAAUGCUGAAAAAAGGAGGUGUCCCUAACACAGAAGGUGCAGCAAAAAUACUGCUGUGUGACUGGACAGGUGCCAAAAUGAGUUAUCAUUCACGACCCCCUGUAUUGUGGAGCCCAUCACCACACCUUUCCAGUGAAGCUUUAGCAGCAGUGAAACAAGCUUUUAGCUUUGAAGAACUGGAAGAAGAUAACAAAAACACAUUGAAAGCUAGCAAAUACCCAAAUCCAGCAAGUAGCAUUGCAUUUCAGUCUCCUGGCUUCACUGAUGGUAUUAUAGAUGAUACUGAAGUACCAGAGGAAGUACUGGAAAAAAAGAACAAGGAAGUGAGUGAAGAUGCUGAGGAAUUAUCUGAAGACAAAGAUGAGGAGGAUGGAAUGGAAAGUGAAGAGGAAAGCAACACAAUGGCAAGCAGCAAAACUACCUCUGAAGAGCUGGCAGUAAAGGAUGCAGAAUGGGGAAAGUUGCCUACAGGUACACAGCUCAACACAAAGGCUAGUGACCUGGAUGAUGCCUAUGACUUUGAUACAGAUUACAUCUAAGUAAACCAAGGGUUGUUGAGUUCUCCAAUGAUCUGGAAUCAGCAUUUGGACUCUACAGGCAUGCUGGCAAAAGCAAUGCUGAUACUAUGUGCAUAUUUUAUAGAGCGUUAUUUAGAGGCGAUUGUGUUGAUCAUACAGUACUGCUGAUCAGUCAGCCUAAACUUAAAAAACUCUGGUAGUGCUUCAUCCAGCAGUGAGGCGUGUCAUGCCAUGAAAGAUGCCCAAUGGCCAGUGAUUCAUUAACUGAGUCUCUCAAGAGAAAAGCUGAUAUUUUCCAAGAUUUUAAUCAUACACAGUGAAAGAAAUUCAGUACUGAAAUACCUGUGUAUUGAAUUCUAAAGGAGUAAACCUUGCACAGGUUAUCAGAAAAAAUGGAUAGCAGGACAAUCGGGAUGAAAUACCAUUUUCUGUGCUAUGAAAAGAUCCCUGGAAGAUGUUGUAUAUGUAUUUUUGUUUAUUGUGCUUAAAGCAGUACAUCUUUGUCACACAUAUUGAAGUGAAUAAAAUGUACAUAGUGGA